GACUGAUAUUUGGGAACAUUUCCGUUGUGUGCGAAGAUAGAAGACAGUCCGCCGCGCGCUGGUUAUAUUAUUAUUGUUUCGCUUCGACCGGCGCACGGGCAGUACGAACGAAACAUAAUAAUAAAGUCGUCUCGUCACUCAUCAAUAUAUAAAUAUUAGGUACCUAUGUAUUAUUUUAAAAUAUAUAUUCUUUAAAUAUUUCUUCUAAAUUAAAUUCGUUCUCCAAUGGAAGUCAAAACCGAAAUCGCCGGGUCGGACUAUACCCACGCCACCGGUGCAUCCAAGGCCGGUUCGGCAUAUAUGGUGCAGCGGAAAUAUUCCUACGACAUUGGUAACGGUAACAGAAGCAACAACGGUCGCAGUUACAACCACAUAGGUAAGGGCUCCAACAACAACAACAACAACAACAACAACGUCGUUGACAUACUCGACUUGGCCGUGCCGCAGUCCAAGGUCAGGCCAAUCGACCGGCUGUUGGACAGAUACGACUGGUCGUCUGUGUCGAUGAUGCCACUGCUGCAGAACUCCGAUCGUCCGCAGAGGACGCAGGACGACCAACCGCUGUCUCUACCAGGCCGAUCAGCGCCGUCACCGCCAAUUCGACCACAGGCUCCAAGACGACCACUGCCGCCGCGCCCACCACCAACGCGACCACCGAAAAAAUGUGCCUUGGAAUUUUCCGACCUCGAGCUACCUGUAGUCAGGAAGUCUCCAUGGAAACGCACACGUGAGUUGGUGAGCAGUUUCUUCGUACGCGCCGCCGCCGCUGUACAUAAGGUGAAUUGCUGUUGGUCACGCUAAUGAGAUAAAAUCGGUAAGACCCUGUCCAAUUAUUGUUAUAAUCGUUUUUUUAUUAUUAUUUAACGGCCCCUUCCUAAAACAAUUUGUAUUUCCUGCAGUCGUUCAAAAAAAAAAAAUUGUAAUUUUUAGUUUUAAAGUAUGCGUCAGGGUAUCUAUUAAGCUUGGGAGUGGAGUGAGAAACUUAUAGGCUUGUACAACUCAAAAUAUUUAUGUAUAUAUUAUAAGUUUAUGUAAUUUUUUAAUUAAUAAUAAUAGUCGACGGAUAACUAGAAUUCAACAAAAAUAUUAUUAAUAUACACGCGGUUUGUGUACAAAUUAAAAAUAAAUUAUAGGUACAUUAAUGGUUUUAUUAUUUUUACUCAAUAAAUCUAUAUCAUUUUGUUUGUGUUCGCCCCGUGCGACAGUAUAUUUUUAUAAUUCAUAAAUUCCCAUUGAACGCAUCAAAUCUCACGCACAAAUCUCAUCGGACUUGUAUUACCUACAUGAUAAGAUAAUACAGGUGUAGUAUUAUGUUAUAUGACUUGCAAGCAUACUGUUGGCAUACUGAAUGUUUCAAUCGAAUUUCGCGGUUGUCCGGUAUACUCUGUAUAUUCAAUCCACGUGCAAUAUACAGAGUGGGCUGCAGUGUUAUCUACACGUCCUAUAGCCUCAUAACUCAUAUCAUUAUUAUAGAGCCUUUGAAAAAAAACCUCCACAGUUACCGCUCUGCAUAUUUAGACUCGGCGUGUAUACUCGACUAUAGCUGAGUCAAGUCUCCGACUGCGCGCAGUGCGUCAUCCGCCAUGAUAAUUCAGUUCGUAAGAUUCUUAAAUACUCCAUCUCCGCUUCAUUCUGUUCCAUAUAGCCACUUAGUUUAUCGGUUUUCAUCGUUUGUUUCAACCGUGUUACCAAUUUUUUAUUUUAAACAUUUUUAUUUAAAAUUCUACAUCAUAAUAUUAUUAUUAUCUCCCGAAUGGUUCCGAGUAUUAUUUUUUCAAAGC